AUGGCUGAGCCCAGGGACUACCUGUCGGACGGCAGCCCCCUGAUCACGGCAGCCCAGCUGGGCAAACUGCGCCUGGUCCGCGUGCUGCUGGAGGGCGGUGCCCAGGUCAACGAGCACAACCAGCGCGGCGAGACUCCGCUGCUGGCAGCCUGCAAGGCCAUGCGCGGUGACCAGACCUGCAGCCCCAGGCUGAAGCUCAUUCACUACCUGCUCAUGCACGGAGCGGAGCCCAACGCCCAAGACAAGGCGGGCCGCACCGCUCUCAUGUACGCCUGCAUGGAGCGGGCUGGAGAGGAGGCGGCGUCCGCCCUCAUCGCGGCCGGGGCGGACCCCACCAUGGAGGACUACUCGGGGGCGUCAGCUCUGGUCUACACCAUCAACUCGCAUCACCAGGCCACGCUGAAGGUGCUGCUGGACGCGUGCCGCGCCAAAGGACGCGACAUCAUCAUCAUUGCCACCGACCUGAGCCCGGACGGCGGCGCGACCACGCGCCGCUACCUCAACGUUCCGCCGUCGCCCGACACCUCACCCGUGUCCUGCAUGUCGCCCUCGGACAUCGAGCUGAAGACGGGGUCCCCCACCGCAGACGGAGGCAACGGAGGAGGGAACAUCUUUGACUUCCGAGGGGCGGUGAGCAGCAGGCGCAGCAGCAGAGGAUCUUCCAGCUCUCCCAGAAGCCCAGCAGGACGCCUGCGGUCAGAGCCAUGGCUGGCCAUUCACAACCUGGCACACCUGAACCGCGCUUACGAAGAAGGACUCAGGCGGAACACCAUGCAGGAGGAACAGGAAGAGGAGGAGAGUUACUCAGACCUGCGCUCUGUUCACGUUUCUCCUCCGGGACCUGACGCUGACACAAGCGUGACUACUGUGAGGGGGGUCACUGAGAGACUUCCGGUCGGUUCCGGAACACACGCUGGUGGCGGCCGACGGAAUACUCUGCCUUCCCUGGGUCUGCCUCCCCUGCUCCACUUGCCAUCACUGACUCUGAACUACUAUAACUCAGAUUCUCACCUGCACAAUGGUGUGCCGAGUUUGCAGACAGAGUCAAGGCCUUUAUCCUCGGCCAGCAUCUCUCGGAACCUACCAGCUCCACCACCGCCCAGUGCGCCCUCACGCUGCAGCAAGAAAAGCCCACUGGACUUGCGGACCAGGCUGAGGACGACAACGCAAGCCCGCGCUGGUGGCUUUCUGCCCCCACUGUCCCCACUGCCCCCCGGCUGUUUGGCGGCAGCCUCAGGCUCAGCGCGUGAGGUGGAGGAGACGCCUGAAGACAGCAGUAGACACUGCACUGAGGAGCCGCACUCCAGGAGUCAGCCCUGCCAGCCCUGGCAGAGGGAGAGAGGGUUCUCUAGACGCCGGCACGCUGCACAACUGGAGGGCAUGGGCCACAAGUUGGUGGAGAAUGCGGUGGAGAAGGCAGAGUGCGCCCAGGGUGAAAUCAAGGUGGCGCAGAUGCUCGUAGAGGAGGUGCUGCAAAGGGCCCUUGAGAUCGCCCAGUCUUCCCUGGGCCCGACUCCUGGCACCCUCGGGUGUCAGUCUGAGUCUAAUGAUGACAUCAAAGGUGGCAGAGAUGUUUGUGCGGGAGGUGCUGGAGAGUGCCCUCGAGAGCGCACGGGCUUCCCAGAGCUCGACCCCCUGCACCUGCCGGUGUCACUCUGA